AUGGUGACCUCUUGGAUUUUAAAUUCUCUAUCACCAGAUCUGCGAGAUAGCUUGCAAUAUGUCAAUAAUGCUAAGGAGCUUUGGGAGGAGUUGGAGGAUAGAUAUGACCAAACUAAUGGCUGCAAACUCUAUCAACUACAGAAGGAGAUAAAUGACCUUGUGCAAGGUAAUUUGGAUGUCACUGGUUACUAUACUAAGAUGAAGAAGUUAUGGGAAGAAAUGAACACUCUUGAUAUCAAUUCUCAAUGCACUUGUGUGUGUAUUUGUGGUGGAAAAACUAAGAUGCAUAAGGCUGAGCAAGAUAGAAGACUUAUACAUUUUUUGAUGGGCCUAAAUGAGAUGUAUACUGCUGUACGUGGAAACAUCCUCAUGAUGUCUGAUCUACCAACUAUGGCACAAGCAUUUGCCAUUUUGUCACAGGAGGAAAGGCAAAGGGAAAUGAAGCCUCCUAGUCACAUGGCCUUGGAAUCCACCUCUCUAAAUGCAUCUGUGUCACCACAAUACAAUGCAGGAUCCAAAGGCUUUAAUACGAACUACAAUAGAGGAGGUACAGGCAGAGGUGCAAGCAGUUCCAAUAACAGCAGUUCUAAUACUUUCAGGGGAAAUUCCAGUACUGGGAACAGGUCAAAUUUGUUCUGUGAGUACUGCAAACGAAUUGGACACACUAAGGAUAGGUGCUAUAAGCUUCAUGGUUAUCCAACCAACACAAAAGCUCCAAGAGGAAAGGGCUCAGGAUCUGCAGCAAAUGUGCAUGCCUCUGAGGAUGAUAGAGGCCAGUGUGAGGAAACUACUGAGCAGGAAAGACAAAUUCCAUUGAACCUGUCCAAAAGUCAGUAUGAGCGGCUACUUAAUCUACUUGGAACUCUGCAAGUUGGAUCUGAUUGCUCAGGAAGCAUGGCAGGUGGAUCAGUGAACCUAGCAGGGCCCUUCUCUGAAGAGCCCUCUGGCACUUGGUAA